UCACAAACACCACUCUUCCAAGCAAAACCAAUACACCAAAUGGAAUCCCAGUCUCCUGUUCACGUUUUUCUCGUUUCUUGCCUUGGACAGGGCAAUAUCAACCCUCUUUUUAGGCUCGGCAAACGUCUUGCCUCUAAAGGUUUGCUAGUGACUUUCUCCGCGCCCGCCCAUAUUGGAAAACAGUUGAGAAAACUUGGCAACAUCAAUGAAGAGUCUACCCCAAUUGGUGACGGCUUUAUCCGUUUUGAGUUCUUUGAGGAUGGAUGGGAAGACGAGGAUCCAAGACGUGAAGACCCUGACCAAUACCUGCCACAGAUGGAGAAGGUAGGAAAACAAGCGAUCCCUCAGUUGAUCGCAAAAAAUGCCAAACACAACCGCCCCGUUUCCUGCCUCAUUACCAACAUAUUAAUCCCUUGGGUGUUUGAUCUUGCGCACGCUCUUGGCUUGCCUUGUGCGUUGCUCUGGGUUCAAUCCUGUGCCUCUUUCGCUGCGUACUACCAUUACUAUCAUGGGUUGGUGCCUUUUCCAACUCAAACUCAUCCAAAAAUCGACGUUCAAUUGCCUUGUAUGCCAUUGUUGAAACACGACCAAAUUCCCACCUACUUGCUUCCAGAAUCACGUUUUCCUUCCUUGAGGAGGGGAAUUUUGGAUCAGUUCAAGAACCUCCAUUUGCCUUUCUGCAUAUUGUUAGACACUUUCCAAGAACUCGAGUUCGAAAUCAUUGACUACAUGUCAAAGCUUUGCCCGCUCAAGACUGUCGGUCCACUCUACAAGGACCAAAACGUCACCAUCAAGGGCGAUCUUCUGAAGGCUGAUUUAGGCUGCAUUGAAUGGCUCGACUCGAAACCUCCUUCAUCAGUGGUAUACAUUUCAUUUGGCAGUCUUGCUAUUUUGAAACAAGAACAAGUUCAUGAGAUUGCCCAUGGGCUGUUGAAUUCUGGUAUGUUUUUCCUAUGGGCAUUGAGAUCGCCCCACAAUCAUCUUCCCGAAGGAUUCUGGGAGAAAUUAGGAGAUAAUGGGAAGGUCGUGCAAUGGAGUCCACAAGAGAAGGUGUUGAAUCACCCUUCGGUAGCCUGCUUCGUGACGCACUGUGGUUGGAACUCUACGAUGGAGUCACUCUGCUCCGGAAUACCGGUCAUCACAUUCCCACAAUUUGGUGAUCAGGUAACGGAUGCCGUAUACUUAAUAGAUGUGUUCAAGACAGGAGUGAGGAUGGGCUGUGGAAUGGCUGAAAACAGAACAAUUCCAAGGGAAGAAAUAGAGAAGUGCUUGCGUGAGGCCACGUCUGGCGCCAAGGCAGCAAAUAUUAAGCAGAACGCCUUGAAAUGGAAGGCAGCAGCAGAGGCAGCCCUGGCGGAGGAUGGUUCUUCUGGGAGUAACUUGCAAGCCUUUGUGGAUGAGGUGAGGUGGAGGGCUGCAGAACUUGCUGAUGGCUUGGUCAACAAGUCAACAGCGAAUUAGAAGGACUAGUACAGCGAAAUGGUGGUUGGGAAGAUGGUUUAUUAGUGUUAGAAAAAUGUGAAGAUCAAGUAACAAUUCUAUUUGGAUUUGUUCGUCGAAUGUAUCCCACCCAUGGUUCUAAGAAAGUUGGUUCGUCGUGUUGUGUCGUGUGUUAUCAAUUUCUACUUUAGCCUAUUGAACGAGAGGAUGUGUUGUCGUUAAUUUUUAUGUUUUAUAAUUAUAAUAAUGGUGUUGUGUCGUGUGUCACCAAUUUCGUUUUUAGUCUAUUGAAUAUCCAAUAGGAUGCGUUAUCAUUAAUUUUUUUUGUUUUAUAAUUAUAAUAAAGAUAGUAUUGUCGU